AUGAGGCUGCUUGUUCAAUCGCUCACUCUGUGCUUGGUUCUCUCCCUGGGCUUUACUGCUCCCUCAGACCAUAAAGAGGAACAUGGUAAAAAUGGUAAGAGAUAAUUGUCUUUUGGUUUAGAUAAAGAGCAUGGCCAUGAUCUGCACCAUGAUGCUAAGCUUGACCGCUGUGCAGGAAUAGAAUUUGAUGCAGUCGCUGCGAAUGAUGAGAGAGUUCUUUAUUUCUUCAAGGGCGACCACCUGUUCAAGGGUUUCCACGGCAAGGCUGAACUGUCUAAUAAGACCUUCCCUGAGCUGGACGACCACCAUCAUCUCGGACAUGUAGACGCUGCUUUUAGAAUGCACUCUAAAGACAGCCCCGACCACCAGGAUCACCAGUUCUUCUUUCUGGAUAACAAGGUCUUCAGCUACUACAAGCAUAAACUGGAGGAGGGCUAUCCCAAAGACAUCUCUGAAAUUUUCCCUGGAAUCCCUGAUCACUUAGAUGCUGCAGUGGAGUGUCCCAAGCCAGAAUGUCCAGAGGACACUGUAGUCUUUUUUAAAGGUAAAGACAUCUACCACUUUGAUAUAAACACCAAGAAGGUUGAUGAAAAGGAGUUCAAAGGCAUUCCUAAGUGCACAGCAGCUUUCCGUUAUAUGGAGCACUAUUAAUGCUUACAUGGACAUCAGUUUUCCAAGUUUGACCCCAACACUGGAGAAGUUAAUGGAAAAUACCCAAAGGAGACCCGUGAUUACUUCAUGAGAUGCUCUCAUUUUGGAAAUAAGAGCGUUGAAGACCACAUUGAGAGAGAACAGUGUAGCCAUGUGCACUUGGAUGCAAUAACAUCUGAUGACGAUGGUAAUAUAUACGCUUUCAGAGGGCAUCACUUCCUCAGAAAAACCGGUGAUAAAUUUCAUUCAAACACAAUUGAGAGUGCUUUUAAAGAAGUGCACAGUGAAGUGGAUGCAGUCUUUUCUUAUGAAGGCCAUUUCUACAUAAUCAAGGAUGAUCAGGUGUUUGUGUACAAAGUUGGAGAGCCACACACACACCUGGAAGGCUACCCCAAACCCCUGAAGGAGGUGCUGGGAAUUGAGGGUCCGGUAGAUGCUGCUUUUGUGUGUUCUGGUCAUCACAUUGUUCAUGUUAUCAAAGGUCAAACAAUCUAUGAUGUGGAUUUGAAAGCCACCCCACCUGCCCCUGUGAAGGAAGGAACCAUAACAACUUUCAAAAAGAUUGAUACUGCAAUGUGUGGACCCAAGGGUGUGACUGUUGUCAUUGGUAACCAUUACUACAAUUAUCAAACUGUCUUGAUAAUGCUUAUGGGCAGGAUGCUGCCUGAACAGCAGAAGGUGUCUCAGCACCUGUUCGGCUGUGACCACUAG